UUUACGUAUUAUUCGUUUACGAAUUCGUCAUUCUUUUAAAAUCGUUAAUAGUGUUCAGAAGUACAUGCUCGUUCAAUUGUUACCGAUUGAUCAAUCGAUGGAACCUGCAGAUGACAAGAUGUCUAAGAAAAACAUUUUGUUCACUCGCUCAUCUGAAAAUGUCAUAAAGAAGAUGCAGCCUUUGUUGAGGAAGUUUGAAGGUGAUGAAGAACUCGUUAUUCAUGAAGUCAAAGAUGAGGCGGGUUCCAAUUUGGGUGACAACUAUACCUCUGUUAUGAUCAGAACAGUAGUCAUCGGAAAAUAUGGAAACGGAACUCCUUAUAAAAAAAGUUUUAUGACGAAGAUACUUCCCCAUUUCCGUCCUAUUGCCCAAUUCAUCAAUACUGAGGCUUUAUACGUCACCGAAGGAUACAUGUACGAAAAGAUCCUUCCUAUUAUCGCUGAUUAUGGUCCACGCUGCAUUUACGUCGACAAAGAUGAAAUUAUUAUGGAAGACUUGCGCGAAGAAGGGUACAUUAAUUGCAAAAGACAAGAUUAUCUUGAUUUGGAACAUACCUUGUUCAGGUAUCACCGAAUAUCUUUUUUUUUAUAUUUCUACAUUAAUUUUUUGUUAAUAAUUCUCACGUAUGUAUUCUUUCCACCGGAUAUAAUUAUACAUGUCUUCAACCGUUAUUCACAUGUUUUUUUUCUGUUUCAGACUUUAGCGAAGUGGCACGCGAAGUCUUUGUCGAUAAAAUUGAAGGAUCCCGAAAAUUUCGAAAAAUUGGCAAGUCCAUUGAAGGAAACCAUUUUCCCGGUAGAUAAUAAUUUCGCUGUUGGUAAGACCGUUGAAGGGGGUUUGAUUAGUGCGAUCGAUCAUUUGGAAUCAAUACAAUUUCAAACGGCAGAGUUAAAAAAGGCGAUCGAGUAUGUGAGAUCUCUCAGAAAUAAAUGUUACGAUAUGAUAGCAAAGUUGCUUUCCUUACCGAAAGAUAGGUAUUUUACUAUUUGUCAUGGGGAUACAUGGAUAAACAAUAUUCUUUACAAACACGAUAAGAACGGUCAAGUGUACGAUUUGAAAUUAGUUGAUUAUCAAAUAUCUCGGCAUAUGUCCGUUGCCAUUGAUUUUCAUUAUUUCAUUUACUCGAGCGUAAGAUCUUGCAUUAUUGAAGAUAAUUAUAAUAAUUUGAUAGAACUUUAUCACCGUACAUUCGUGGAAAAACUGAGAGAGUACGGCGUUUCCGAAGAAGAUCUUAAGAAUUUGACCAUGGAAUGGUUCAAGUCGGAAUUAAAAACAUUCAGUUUGUACGGAUUGAUCACUGGAUUCUGGUUGAUCCACGCAGUACUCGCUGAUGAGAAUAGCGUUAUAGAUAUGGAUAAAAUAACCGUCAACGAUAUAGAAAACAUGCACUUUUUUAGUACGGAAAUAAGCCCAAUCAAAGCCGAGAGAUUUAAAUCCAUAACUCUGCAUUAUCUUCGAAUGUAUAAACAAUAGAUGGAAUUUUUAUGAAAUAGGCAAAUGAAACAAUGUAUUGCGUAUCGCAGAUAUAGAUCAUGCGUGACUAAGUUUUAUACUUUUUAAUCUUGCCAAUUAAAUUUUAUUUGAAAAGAAGGGAUUAGAAUAAUGUAAUAGUACGGGUUAAGAGCAAAAUUAUUUUUGUAAUUUUAUAGUAUUAUAAACAUUAACAACAAAAAUGUUAAAAUCUAUUAUUCAGUUAUUGAAUAAUUGAAGGAAACAUAAAAUAAAAAAUCACAGUAUAAUACAAUUUA